UCGACGCCGGUUCAGUUCACCGCAGCACCAUGGCCAGCGUUGAAGGCAUUACCCUCGUAGUGACCGGUGGGGCGGAGGGGCUCGGCUUCUCCAUGGUCGAGAACUUCCUCCAGGGCGGCGCCAAGCUCGCUAUCAUCCUCGACGUUAACGAGCAGAAGGGCGCCGAGGCCAUCAAAACCGUCAAGGCCAAGUAUGGCGACAAGGCCGUCUUCCUCAAGUGUGACGUUACCAAGGACCUGGACGCCGUCUUCGACAAGGUGAUGAGCGAGUACGGCCCCGUCGACCUGCUGGUGAACAACGCCGGCGUUCUCGCCGAGCACAGCUACAACAAGACCAUCGACAUCAACACCACCGCCGUCAUCGCCUGGUCACUCAAGUUCUACGACGCGAUGAGGAAGGACCGCGGCGGGCGAGGCGGAACCAUCAUCAACGUCUCGUCCAUCUACGGGUACAGGAUCUCCGCCUACAUCCCCAUCUACCAUGCCUCCAAGUUCGCAGUGCUGGGCUUCUCGAAGAGCCUCGGUCAUAAGAUCAACUUCGAGCGGAGCGGGGUGCGCGUGGUGACGCUGUGCCCGGGCCCCACCCACACGACGCUGGCCUCGAACGUGCACAUCAGGGAGGACGAGUUCCUCGAGGAUUUCAAGGAGGAGGUGAAGUUGUUGGAGUGGCAGACGCCGGAGAGCAUCGGGCGGGGGACGGUGGCGAUCUACCGGCAGGCGGCGUCGGGAGAGGUGUGGCUGGUGGAGGGGGAGAGACCGGCCGAGAAAAUAAACGUCUAAAACACU